UGCCAAAUUAGACUACCUUCCCAGAAAGCAGAAGCCACCCCGGUCAGUUAGAAACCACGAGAUCAAGUCUGAAAACACGAGUACAAUUGACCUCUCGGAGUCUACGAGACCUCGACUCGGUGGCGGAAACUCACAUGUUUUUAUUUUCAACAGGAAUAUCGAAACGCCUGUCAAUGUUUCGAAAUUCGCCUACGCGAAUAAGCUCAACUCAAACAAAUCAUCGGCAAAGCUAUACAGUCGACAGCAAAACAAAUCAAGACAAGAAAAACAGGGGGGCAUGCUUCCUAGCGGGGAGUAUUUUGUGGGGAAAGAAGGAGGGGGAGGCGAUUUGGUGCCCUACAAGUUUGUGUCGCGACCUGUUCUGAAGGCGUACCCUGGCAAGGAUCCGGGUAAUUUGAAAGUGACAACUAAUUCAAGAUCUGCAACAACAAUGUCGAGUUCCGACUUUUUUGAGCUAGCCCCAAAAGACCAACCCAUCGAGUUGGACCUCUCGGCAGACCAAACGCAACAAUCCAUCUACCAAAAUCCGAGAUCAUCCCGAAUCGGAAUGGCGUCAUCAUACCCACAAGGGCCGAACAGUUUCAACUCGGCGAAUGUGUUACCGGCCGAGAACUCAAGUCGUGUUUCGUACCCACUGUCUCGACAUAGCUACACGACUCCACAGCCACCGUUUGUGAACAGAUUUAAAAUCAGGAAGGAGAAAGAACCCGUCACCCAGAUUAUGACUCAACCAACCCCGGGUCAUGAUUACAAUUUAUCCCCCAUCCCCCCGUCGAACUCGGCCGUCCCCCCUCACGAGAACGAGAACGAUACUCAAGAGGGGUAUGGGAAAGAGUUUGCAUCGGCAAACGUUGCAAGUCACCUCGAAUAAUAAAAAACAACGUUCAUCAACUCGUUCAUCGGCCUGCGAAAAUGAAAAAAAAAAGUUUAUGAUAAAACGAGAAACUUUGAAAAUCCAGAAUAAAACUUCUCUAUAAGCUUGCAUUUGUGGUAUGAAUAUUUUUUCUAAAUACUCUUAACAAAGAUAGUUUCGAAAAUAUAAAUUUAAGUUUUUAUUUAUUGAUUUAGUUGUUGGCUGCUGCAAAUAGAAUCUUAAUU